AUGAAUGCAACCAUCGAUCCACUAGCGUACCUUAAAUAUCAGGGUUGGUUAGUUUGGCAGUUUGUAUGAAUCUGUCUCUCAUCUUUAUGUUGUAAUGAUCGGACUAUACAUUGAAGAUAACAUACAUAUCGUCGGACCAGAGGAAAUUCGAGCAAGUAGUCAAUAAAAUAGCUGCACGGAUGAAGUAGACGCAAGACUUGCCGAUUGUGUAGAAAUCCUUUAGGCGUGCGAAGGUAUUUAUAAUGUUCAUAUGGCGGAAAACAUGUUGUACAAUGAGGUUGAAUAUAAUGGCAGAAAAUCAUGGAUCGAUUUUAGUCUGUUCACAUUGCAUUUCGACCGUUGUUAGCAGCGACGGGCAGCGCUGCAUAUCAAGAUUUGCCCAGUAACGACGACUUUCGUGUUAAUUUUUUGUCGGAAUGCAGAAAUGCUCAGCAUGUCAAAUUCUUGCUCUUCUGUCAUUCAUCUUACGUCGAUGACAAGACACUGUCAUGACGGUCAGAGUCGAACAGGAGCACACGUUCUGACAAAGUUUACCGUCUAUAUUACGCAUGCAACACAAGAAUUAGACCGUAUUCAGGUUAGGGGCUCCGUUGCGGACAACUCUAAUUUGAAGUAUAUGAGAGUCCAGUAACGGUCAUAUAGCAAAAUAGCCAUUACCAUCUCGGACAUUAUAUAUAAACGUGCAAAGAGACCGAAAUAUAAAGACUGAUAUUAAAAAUGUCCCGGAAAUAGUUGAUAGGGUUUUAUGCAACAUCAUUUGCCCCCUCUCGUCAUCCAAUAAUUUGUGUUCUAACAGCGGCAAUGAGGAUGCUUUUUCUUAGAAAUUUUGAAACGAUUAUAUCAAAGCAAAGCGCACUCCUCUCUCUCUCUCUCUCUCUCUCUCUCUCUCUCCCCAGCUCAGGAACGUCAGUGGGAUUCGAUUGUAAUCGGGCAUCUGAUAAAUAACCGGUGGCCAUCUUCCAAAUAUUAUCUUGUAGCACGAAAUAUGAGCGAAUAUUUUAGUUGAAUAAAAACUGAUGCAGGUCUCAUAAUGUUAGCGCCGAAUGCGUACCGGUACAUACUAUUGUUGUUACCUUUCUCUUAUCUUCCUCAAAGAUUUCACUAUGAAUCAUGGAUAGGAGGCCAUUAGGCUCGUGGAUGACAAGAAGUUCCAAAAGCAAUUAUAUCUGCAAACGUCAUAAAGAUACUAGAGAAAAUAUUGCAAAACAUCCGGUUGUACAAAUGGCAUUUUCUGGGACGCAGUUAAGUUUUUUCAGGAAGAUAACUGUUAAGAUAAAAGACGCCGAAAAUAAGUUUAUUCUUGAGUGGACUGUUAAUAAAUUUUAUCUGUUAUUUCCAAUGUUCUUGUUUUAAUCGCUCGUAAUAUCUUCUCAAGGUCUCAGGUCGUUUCAACCAGUUUGCGGUCCCAGCUGGUUGUUUUUGUUACUCGGGUAAGCUGUUGUGUGAGGUGUCAGCGCCUCUUUCGCAGGAAUCGAAGAGUUGUAUGCGUAUCUUAGUUAAUUAUUAAAAUCCAUGUAAAAAGUUCAUGCCAUCUAACUAUUGUAUACUAAUGGAGUUUAGUUUAUAGGGAUGGUUACCUCACUGUCUACCUCGCCGUAGCACCGCGUUUUUGUAUGCCGUCGUAGACGUUUUUGAAGGCAUUCGUGAAUUCCCUCUCUAACUGCUGUCGGUCGAAGCGGUGUCCUCGGUUUCCGUAGUUAAAGACCUCUGCAUGUACAACUGUAAGUAAGCACGCAUAAUAGGUCUUACUUAGAACUACGUUUUAGGGAGGCUGUCCAAAAAAACGACCUUUAACCCUGUUGACAACCACAGAAGGUCGCGUAAACUCUUCAUUGUCAAAGCAUAAAAUGCACUUAUUCGAUCAGAAAUUUAAUUGAAAGUGGCAGUUGUGUUGGCCGGCCACUUUAAAUUAAAUUUCUGAUCGAUUAAGUGCAUUUUACGCCUUAAAAAUGAAGAGCCGACCCAGCUCUUUGAAACGUCAGCACCUAAAUAAACCUCUUCCGGAGAGCCUGUCAUCGUCUUCAAAUAUUUGUCUACAACCCAACAGGUAAACAAGAGGUUACCUGGAGGGGUUGCUACUUAAGCAAACGGUGAAAGAGACCUUGAAGAAGGAGACACGAUCGCCGGGACAAGAGCUUUAUUUGCCCGACGUUUCGGAUUCCUACUCGAAUCCAUCAUCAGAGACAAAAAAGCAGAAACGGCUGGUUGAUGCACAGGGGGCUGCGGUAUUUAUAGGAUGCAGUAGCCAUGCUACCGCAUACCUAUGAACAUUCACGGCUCCCCCCUUCAUUCGAGAUCGUCGCACGUGGUGUGACCACUGCUUGAUGGCCUUGCUUGGCGACAAUACGAGAGAAAAUUACCGUACGGUGUAUUCAUCAUUCAAUCGGUUGUGCAUAGCUAAGGGGUCACUGCAGCCAGUCCUUGUCCCGGCGUUCGUAGAUUUCUAUAAGGAAAAACUGAGUGUCGACUGGAAUGUAAGCAUACUCGCGCCCCGAUGUCAGCAGUUGGCUAUUCUUGAUCACGGUUCCUAAAGUAGCCGCAAAAACUCUAAUUUGCGAUGAUUUGGUAGAAUAAUCGAAAUGAUCCAGGAUGUUUUCACACUCAGUAAGUACUAAUGCUACGUCCCCAGAUGGAUAACGGGUUAUGUUGCAGAUUUAGACUAACUUACCGUUGAGUAUGACUGAUCCCUUACUGGGUGUCGUGCCGGAUCCGGUUUGCGAAAUACCUAGGUUACAGUGGCAAGUAAUACCCAACAAGUGUAGCCCCUUCUGUGCCGGAUAUGGGAAAGCCGGUUCUCACAUCUGUCUUUUAAAAGCGCGCGUCAGCCGUUGCGAGAGAAAACAGUUUAGAAUGUCUUUCCUAACUACUUGUCAAUGAGGUCUACGUUAGCCAUUAAAAUAGGCAAAAUGAUAAUCGCAGGAAACCAUUCCUUAUUUCUUUCCGGCCAACGCCGUUGGCGCUUUCAAGAUUUCUAAAUUUUGCCACAGAAUCCUGCUGUUGGUUUUGACUUUAGUCGGUAUUUUUAUGACAACCACCUCAGAAAAUAGUGAACGCCUGCCAUGUCGCAGAUAUUCUCGUUUUAUUUUUACAGUACUUUUCAGACCAUUGUCACUUGAGUUAUACAAACUGCCUUAUACGUCGUAGUCACUCUGAUAGUACUCAAGGCUUUUGCGACAUACACUCGUACUUCGACUCCAUUGAGCGGAUUUCGCGCUUAAAUUUACAUCCGGCCACAAAAGACCUUCCACUCACGUGCUUUUAUCUAAUAUUAGGGAACGGACAAACCGUAGUCUGGUUAUUUGAACUUCAGUUGAAGCAAAAGCCAGGAAGUAGGCGCAAACAUUCAGAAAUGUGCUGACUUACAAGUGGAUCACUACUGAUCCACAACGUUGUUAACGCUUCUGUCACCUUCGCACGUAGCGAUGACAACACCCAGUAUUGUUUUCUUAACAUAAUUAAGCUUGUCAUCGGUUGUCUGUGGCCAGUGCCUCAUUGAUGUUACAUUAAGCCAUUUAUACUAGUGCUUUACUUUUCCACGCGUUCAUACCGCGAAGUGCAAUUAAUUUGUCCAGACUGUCCAGACAAGGACUCUUCUCGUAGCUUAGUCCAACUCUGUUUUCUCGUUGCUCUAUGUGACUGCACUAAGUAAUUAUCACCUUUCUUCUGGUCGUGCUCAUCCCACCCCUGCCUUGCUCUGUGUGUGUUUUGUCACCAAGUUUCACUAACAAUAAAUAUAGGCUUUCGAACUUCGGCUCAACGUCAAAUCGGUUUGUGGAGUGAAAAAGUGAAUCGAUGUUGUUGAAUUCAAAUCGGCCGACACCACUCGUCGCGUUGGAUAUAUUCAGGUCAAUGGUUCAUCAUUUAGUCUGUCAGUGAGUACUUUUGAGCCGGUAUCUUUGAUAAAAAUGAAAGGUAGAAGUCCGAAAAUCCUGCUCUUCUGAUGUCUUUUACUUCAUUUUGGAGUUUUUCCUCUAUAUGAUAUUUUCUGACUGUGUGCGCAAAAUGUACUUGUCUAUAAAUGCGUUUGUGUUCAAAAUACCUGACUACCAUAUCAUCCUACUUCCUCAUCAACCGCCCGCUCAGUCCUAUUUCCAUUUCGCAGGUAACCAGUACAUCUCCUUGUUUCACCUUUACGUUUUAUCGCACCCACAGGUCGACACGCAGAUGAGCGAACCUCAGCAGCUUUGUUUCAUCCCAUUUGAUGCCGUCAUUGACACUGCUUUUUGGCACGCCCUUGCCAAGCGGAAACUCGAGGACUACAAGCUACUGGAAGGACCUUUCCCGAUCACGGCAGAGUUUACCAGCGGAACUGCUCCAGGCCUUACGCCACGCAUAAAUAUUGAUUUGAGCAGUAUACAGGAACCAAGGUUUGUCCCUCCAGAAAUGAAUGUUUAGUUAAGCCUUUAUUCGAAGCUCAGGUAUCAGUUCAGUCUUUUGAUUUGACUUUCAGCAAUACUUCACCUCAGCGCAACAAUUGUUUCCGAGUAGAGGGCUCGCUUUUCACUCUCAACACCAUAGACCAGUUCAAGGAGCUCGACAAACAAUCUUUUAUUGAUCAUUUUGGACAAGAGUACAUUGUGCCGGUUGUGACAGCCUCCGCGAAGUUGCCAGAAAGGCCAAAUCGACUUUUGCGUUUUAUUCUUCUCACCUACUGCGUAAGCUACACCCAUAUAUUCCUGUAGUCUCGAUUCCGACGCUUUCAACUUGCUCACAUGUCACACCUAAUUUUGCCUUGUUGACAAACGCCUGCCGUCCAGGCUAAGUUACGAAACACACCACCUCCCCGGUUGCACGAUGCUGACCUGCGCAUGUAUUUGCUUAUAGUGAGGUAGACUUUGCGUGGAAUCUUCCUCCUAUUUCCCUGCCCAUUCUGUCGGAUAAAGCAGUCCAGCCUACUGAAGACGGCCAAAACCGUAUAGCUCGCCUACGCGUGCCACACAUGAUCUGGCUUUUAAUUUCUUACGGACUAUGCUUCAUCGAAAGUCGACGGUGCCGUAUCCCACAUACGUGUGUGUCAUAAGGACCGCACUUAAGAAAUUUUUUCAGUUUGCUGGUCAAACUGCUUGCAACCGCAUGGUCCCAACCCUAAAACCAUAUCAGUUAGCGCGCCAUGACUGUUUCAAAGCACGUUCGUCUGUUUAUGCGGCGAACGGAGCCCUGAAUCCGAAUUUGAUUGACCCCACUCUGUCAGUUUCACGCGCAGUUUGCCUGCUCAUAGCAAGUCGAUUGUUGAUUAGGUUGGUCGCAGUGACUGAGUUGGCGCGACCUCCGCAUAACACGCGUCACAUGCGUAUGCGAGGACGGUGCAGGUCGUUUGGAGGUUCCCUAAAAUCACCAAGAUCUAGUGCACGCUCACUUUGCUCGGCCUUUCCCUACAACAGUUGCCUCCACAGCUGCUACUGGAUAUGACUGAGCCAGCUUGCUGUCCGUGUUUAGUACUUUUGUCCUCAGGCCCCAUCUUCAACUGUCCGCCAUUUUGAAGGCGACAAUACGAAAGAUUCUUCAAGAUGUACGAAGAAGUCUGUCUGGUAUGCCAUCACUGUACACGCUCCACUAUAGGGAUACUGAAUACGGCGGGUCUAAACGGUUUUCACAGUCAGGGUCCUUAGAAUCUGAGAUAUUUGAUGUAGGUAGCCAUCGUUUAGACCUUUCGGGUCGUUCAUGUUUUCGACUCUCAGGGACGAAAUUACACAACCACGUUCGGUGUCGAUUUUCCACGGAUUUCGAAGACACUAGUUGUCAUGAACAGCUGCACCUUACUCCUGAAAUUCCGACGAAUUCGCAGUCGAACAUUCGAGCAUCCAUUACCUAGGGUCCAUUCCCGAUCGAGUAGUCCAGCUUACAUACUGUUCACUGGACCAGGGUUGUGGAGCGCGUCAGUUCCCGCGGACGCCGUAGCAUGGAUCGUUCUACUGUAUCCGUGCUUAUUUUUCGUGAGGUUUCUUGUGAAUUAUAAGUACCGACAGCUCCCUAACACCCACUCGGAUUAUUUUUUCUAGAUUGUCUCCUCUAGCGCUGUGUUUCAUGAGCCUAACCACAAAGCAGCAGCGGCAAACAAACUUAUUUAAUGGCGGUUCACGGUCGCCAUGUCGCAGUACCGUCAUGGGGCUUUACUGAAUUUUCUAAGGCUGUCGGCGUGCCGGACCCCAUUUCUCCGCACCCUGGUAGCACUCCUGCUGCUGGUCCGUAAUUGCUUAUUCGCUAGACCCGAGAGCCUGCUUAUUUCGCAGCUACCCUUCGCUGAAGACAGUUCCACUAUCCGCCAGUUGUUGACGCGCGGCUUACCAGCAGUUAGGCUAACGAGUAACUCGUCUUUUCAGAAGGUUUCACCUUCGGUCAUUACCACUACACUACGAGAGAAAUGUUGAAGGCAAGCAUCAAGUUUUUCGUGAAUAUCAUUCACCGUAGGAAUAUCACGUUAACCAGGCCCACGGUUGGCGGGUUGUCGUAGUAUCGAUUUGCGUCCGUAACCCACCCAAAAGAGACAUCUUCAACGUCUAGAAUUAGUUGUUGGAACCACAUUGCCAGAGAAGCCUUUCAACGAUUACUGAUGAAGCUAUGCGAGCCCUACCUGAGGUACGAACAUCGGACCGGGAAUUGCAAUUUCUAGUCGGAGUAGACUCCAUACGACAGUUAGACGCCGUUUCCGACAACGAUGUUCACCGUGUGCUCCACAGGGGGGUAAGGGCAUGGACAGUGACUCACAGUGAAUUCCUUUGCAGUAGUAGUAGUGGUAGCAGCAGUAGGAGUAGGAGUAGUAGUGGACUUACUCAGCAUCUGCGUCACUCACUGAACUCCCCCACCUUAGCCCGGUGUUAAGACAGAGCCAAGAAGAACGGCGGUGGCGAGGGCGCGAGUGGCAAAAACCCGCACACAGGCCUACCACCACAUCCCCUAGUCCACGGCUGGCCGAGACUUUACACAAUAGAAAAGGAGGCGGUUCGAAUCUCAGUUGGCCUGACGUGGGCCCAGACCCGGGCGUGCCGCCACACUCUAAAUGUUGACCUUCGUUAUGGCUGCGCAUUCCCAGUAACGUCUGCCUGAUCUCGAUCUAGCCCCUGUAUUGGUCCAGCGCAUCUGCCCCGUGACCCCUUUUAGGGACAAAAGACCUCACACACACUUAUUCCUCCCUCAGAUGAUACCAUUACUGCCGAUCUGCACGGAAGCCAUCAUAAUCCACAAUUCGAGGAAUGCCCAGUACCUACCACUCUCAUAUGUUAGACGUCUAAACUUACUGGUUAAAACACCCGAAUCCAAAUAAAUUGAUCCUGCUGAGCAUUACCUCUCCUGAUAGUCUUUUUAAUGAAGGGACCAAGCUUUUUCCACUGAUCUAUAAGUCUGGAAGUUGUCUGGAGCCUGUACGAUCACGAAGUCAUCCCAUUGUCCCUGCCUACUGUGGGUGUUCUCGGAGUCUUCUUUGAAACUCUCAGACUGUCUGUUUGCCGGCCAUUUAUUUGGGCAAUUUUCUGAUGAAAUACUUUGCUCUAGCCAAGACUGUUUCAUCUCACCUACCUUUGUUCCGUACUCUCACGCGUACAGGACCUUAAACAUCACAAAUUCUACUUCUGGUUUGCGUUCCCUUCGCCAUUGCAACAACAAGGAUUUCAAAUUCUCGAGCGAAGACCCAUCUCUGAGGAAUUUACUCAAUCCCAGGUCAGUACUCGUUUUAUUUUAAUCCAUUACGGCAAGACCGCAGACCUGUCCCUUCUAACGUUCAGACCCGCCAAUAGCGUGCAUCCGAUCACUUUUUGACCCCGACUGAAUGGUAGGCAAUGUGCUAGAAAAUAUGCCAGAGUAACCACUUAAAGUUGCUGCGUAUAUUAUUUUCUCGAGCGAUUUGUCUGAAGUCCGCUUGCAACUUGAUGCUUGCCAUUGAUAUUUACGAUGGACAUAACCCGCUGUCCUUUCUUUGUUUUUCUUUCAGUACCUAGAAAUUACUAAAAUUUUACCAGAAAGCAGGCGCCGACGUUCAUUAGGAACCCCUGCAUUACUGAUUUGCCCCUUUUGUACUGGAACAGUCAGCUGUCUAGCAUGAACGAGCAUGACCCGCGUCCCUUAUUUGAGCGUUAUGCGUCCGACAAUCGUUCCUCAAACUAUCAUUAUCGACCACUGAGUACUGUCGAGCUAAUUGUUUACCUACGUCUACAUUUCACCAACGCCGCGCACUUUUUUAAUUAGUCUCCUUUGCAGCAUUCGAAAAUGCAAACAUAAGCUGGCAUAGUGUGAGUUCUACCGUUGUAACCGACGACCUCCACCAUAAUGCGCCCAUGAAGAGGCUGCAGCGCCGGUGACUUACCCAGCAUGCUCCGAUGGCAGAUCAAUGUCAAUAUGUCUGGAGGGUAGGCUCGGUCGCAGUGACUGACGAAGCUAAACGACCUGGCUACGCGUACCCUACACGAGCUGACAUACGCGUUGCCAUAGUUUAUAGUUUUUCAUGCUAGAUGAAGGGACAACUUUUGCAAUAUGAUUUCUAGACCAGGCCGGUGUGCUUUUUGUGACGCUGAUUAUACUUUUCCGACUCAUGGCUCCUCCUGCCAUCCCUUAACUACCUUCUGCACAUCGCUUAAUGCCGCUCAGCCACUACAGUGGCUGGCGCAUGCCCAUGAAACGUGAACCAAACUCCUGAAGUGUGUUUUCAAUCACAGUGGAUUGCUUGAAUGGGACUGUAAAUUGAAUGUCAUGCUGUUCAAUCUCAAACUAUUUCAGUUGCACCAUGAUGCCGCCUUUCGAAUUCGCGUCUUUUUCACUGCCUGCAACAAUCACAUUUGAUAGAAGGAUGCUUUCGAUUGAUUUUCGUUGCCCCUAUGAUUUUAAGCACGUUAUGUAGAAGACGUACAUAAAAUAUCCUUUCAUGUACUCACUUGGUCGUAAUCUCUAUCCUCGUCAAAUUUUAUACUCGAGGAAAGGCUACUUUCUCGCUUUAAAAAGUCUGUAAUUAUGAGAUAUCUUAAGAACGUGAAAUGUUCAGUCAUUGUCAUGUCUGUCAGUUUAGUAAUGCUUCGUAUAAAGCAUUCAACAUGUCCCAUGUGCUUUACAAGAUCAUAUGAGCCCCAUUUUGUGCCUUCUUAGUAGCACAGAAUACUGUCUGAUUUACGCAGCUUGUAGUUUGUAAAUAUUCGCGGAUAUCCUUUUGUUGAGUAAAAGAUUAGGAGACGUAGUUUGCUAACCAUUGAGCUCGUAGAAGAUAUUUUUGCGUAUGUGUUCCACAAAAGAUUUUCGAAUAUACGGGGCAUAAAAAGUCAAUGGGAACUAAUUGUACCACCUACCUGCCCUUUACUGAAUAUUGCAUUUGCAGACGACCGUAAGAAACACAUUCAAAAGUUGACAUCCAGACUGCUUGAAAUAUCUUGGGAUUAAUCAGCAUUCCACCACAUAUUACAACCCUUCCCAAAUGGUCCCCUGUAAUCGAAAACGCAUUUCAAAAUAUCGGUCCACGCUUCAUGAGAUACGCCAUUUACUGUAUCAUGCUCCAUUCCUAGAUGUGGUUAGCCACUUCAUAAAGCUUCUGUCAAACGCUCCUCACAAAGCGAUGUUUGCCUCUUUUUGACCAGCAAGGCAGUCCUCAUCUGAAAUCCUGGUACCCAUUUUGAAUUAUUACUGCGUUGCCUUAUCACUUUCAGAGUCUGGUAAAAGUACGAGUUAACAUUUUCUGGAUACGCUAGCCGCAAAAAAAUGCAAAAAGCCUGGCUGCCAUCUCUGGUGCAGUUUUAGGUUGUUGGGCAGGAAAAUACCCAACUCACCGUCGUAGUUUUCGGCAAGUUCAACUAGCGCGUGCGGAACGCAACCGUCCAGUCUUCCAAAACCCGGUCAUGCCAUGCUCCCUCGCGUGGGACGACCUCGUGAAGGAACGGUUUCUUGCACUUGAAGACACCGUUCCCAUCCGCUUCUUCGACACGCCAGGUUAAGGCUCGGGGAUUGGGCUCAACGAUGACGAGUGAAGCCUUGUUGAAUGAAAGUGAUAUUCGUCCUUCUAAUACUCGCAACAUGUUAACUCUUCAGGCAGUUCGUAGCCUAGUCCCCCGUUGCUCCCCUCCCCCCCUCCCCGGGGUUUCCUUUCGUCCUCCUUGGGCACCCUAAGCACCUUAUGCCAUCAUAGCGCGAUGGAAAAGGGGGGCGAUCACCAAGGCGCAACUGUCUGUCUUCUUGGGUUCGCCCGUCCUCUUACAUUUUUCCAAUAAGCAACAUACGGUAGGUGGGCUAACUCAUGAAAUGUCAACCGAAAUGCGUUUCCGCUUCGAAAAGAUUAACUAAGUAGGAUUGUAAAACUACUCAUCGUGCAGCAUAAUUCUAUAAUAAUUCACUUACUUCAGGAGGCCGGCUUUCGAAUGAACUUCCUUCUGGCUGCAUGCAAAAACUACACUCUCUAAAAAAUGACUAUUUAUCUUGCAUGGUCCUCCUUUCUCACCGUAGAGAAAUGUAUGGUUUUCCGUACGCGGGAAAUAUACGGCUUGUAGUUUGGAAACCCUGAAUUCAAGUGUAACGGUAGAGCGGGUUCAAAAUUAUUCGGGAAUUCGGAAAGUCUUUAAAAACCGAAUUAUGCCCCUCCUUUGAGUAUAAAAUUGGAAGAUGACGCAAUUUUCUGCCGAAUGAGCAAAAGAAUGAAUAUUUUUAUGAACAUGAAACAUAAUUGGUUUCUUAGGGGCAUCGAAAAUCAGUGAGAAAAAUUUAUGCUACUUUAGUAGUCCUUUUUAGAGAGUGUAGUUUGUGCAUGAAGCCGGAAGGAAUUUCAUUCGGAAGCCGGCAUCCUGACGUAACUGAAAUAUUAUAGAAUUAUUUUGCGGGCUGAUUAGUUUUACAACCCUACUUAAUUAAUAUUUUCGAGACGAGAACGCACUUCGGAAUUUCGGUUGAUAUUUCGUGAGGUACCCCACCUCCGGUAUAUACUAUAGACUGCCUGUUGACAAUUUAUGAAUAUUACGCAGUCAGCCCACCGAAACUGAUGGGCUUUGGCUGAAAUAUGCAUAUCAACUUUUGAACUGAGCCUACGGAACCCCAUUGUAAAUAAUUUUCUCUAAGUUGGCUCAUUACUUCCUGAACAGAUUAAAAAGCUGUAGUUUCGAAACUGCAGUAUCAACCUGAACGCUCGGGAGGGGAGGUGGGCACCGGCGAAUCUGUCGCCUCGCAGCUCUGUCAUGCUGUGGAGCAUUUCGGCGAAACUAGGACUUAUAGCUAGUAUGGCAAACCAUGCCGCAUGCGUCUCAAUCCUACUUUUGCACCCCUAGCUGGACAGCCUGUUGGCGGCCUACGACAAGUGGCGUGAACAGUCGAAUGACGUCUUCUUCAGCUUUCGAACAGGAGCCGAUGGUGACGUCCGUGUCUUCAGCUUGUCGGAAUUCGAUGCCUGUCAAGAGGUAGACAAUUGAAACAGUUUUUACCAAUUAUUUCCUGUCUACUUUUCCACUGUCAGUAGCAACGCAAGUACACAUCUAAUCGCACCUUUCCGAAGAAGAAUUAUAUGCGGAACAGUGCCGUUCCGGAAGCUGUUGUCACCUCGUCGGCCGUCCAAUUAAGGGCACUUUCCGGUACCUUUCUAGUUUACCUCUCAUCCUGCCUGUUAGCGCUUAUUUCAUAAAAUUGUCGGUGCCGAUAGAGGUAAUUAAGAAUGCCCCAGACUGUAAACUAGAAUAGACACAUGAAAUGUCGUUGUUCCGUGCUCUUGAGCCCGUUUUAGAAUCGAGUAACGGAAUUUCAUUUUUGAGGACUCACUUGACCGGACUUGCGUAGGGAUCCGGAAUGUCAGUUGUUUUCCCGUGGAGAUUUCGUCUUUUUCCGAAGCUCUCAAGUUUAUCAUGCCCAAUUCCAAUAUUCGAUUUUGCCUUUGAAGUUGAGCAGGAUCCCCCACACUAUGCGGAGUGUAUAGAUUCAUGCAUUCUGAAAAUAUGUGAGCUUAUUAUAGCUCAUACCUUGACAGAGACCAAACAGAGUCUGAAGCUUCUGCUUGCCGAACCAGGUUUUUCAGUUGAGCACUUCUUCCUCAUCCUGAGUGAGAGGGCAGCAUUCGAUUAGGGUCAGCGGCAUAGAGCUCGGAGGAUGUCUGGGGAAAUAUGUGCCGGAAGAACUUAACCCCCCCUUUCUGGUGGCCAGGGCCAUUUCGGCCAUGUUACUUAAAGUGGGAAUUCUCUUCCAGAAUAAGUUGUGCAUACUUCCCUUGGAGGUAAUUCUUCACUACCGGUAACCAAAGACCUCACUUCAGUUCAUUUUCUGCAAAAACAGCCUUGAUGGUGUUAACCGUUACAGAAACUGGUUUAGUUUGUCUUAGAUCACUAAUUGUAGAUGCGAUUGAGGUCUUGAAGGUCAAGGCAUUACGACCGUUAAAGGGGACUUGCUAACAACGGUUGGGGUACGGUUGAUCGUAACCAAGUCUGAAGCAGCUAAUCGUAAACAGUCGGAUAAUGCACCACACCGACUGAGCGCUGGCAUGGCGAUUCCAUUUACGUGAUUAGCGUCUAUGAACAUGCAAAUUGGAGACUGCCAGACUUUUGGAGAGCCCCUUUUCGAAUGUAGUCGAUAGCAUGGUGGAGUAGAUCGUCUUCUGAGCUCCAGAUUGAAUUUCACCCUAAUGCUGUAAUCUUUAGCGCUGUCACAAGUAGUCUGCUCCGCCCUGUAGGCGUAAAUUAUCGUUUUCCGCAUUCACUUUACUCCGUCAGCCUAUAAGACUUUCCAACUCCACCUACGCAGUCCAGGCAAACACUAAGUCUCCCAGUUAUUUGUUGACUGUAGCAGAUUUCCUACGCAUUCCUCUUGGAGCUGUCACUUUAUGUGCAUUUUUAAUCUGCACAGAAUAACUACCUCGGCUUUUCGGAUCCUUCCUCGGACGCCGAUCACCCGGGUUGGCCACUACGCAAUCUUCUAUUCGCGGUUUCCAGCACUCUGUCAGUUGCCCCUCCCCCCCCCCUUUCUAUUUAUGAGUCCUAAUUCAGAAGACUUGCAUGCAAGUGUCCAUGGCAUCUCGGACAAAUUUUUAUUUUAUUCCUUAACUGUCCCGUAGCCGUGCACCGACUGCAUCUACUUUUAAACCGCCUUUUUCAUUUUCCGGUCAUUCCUAUUGACGCUCAGAAGGAGCAAGCUGCGUACAGCAGCAGAAGUAGUAAACAGUGUUGGCCUGAUCUCAUCAUCGCUGCGGGUGUAAUAUCAUCCAGAAAAUUUGUUCGUAACUGAAACAACAUGUUGUACAGUGUGUGACCGAUCUCAUGAAGUGUUAGCUAAAAUUCUAGAAUGCGUUUCCGAUUAGGAGGGAUUACUUAAGUGGGGUUGUUAUACUGAUUAUCAUGCAGCAUAACCCAAUAGCAUUUCGGACUCGCCAGUAUGUCGGCUUUUGAAUGCACUUCUUUUUGACCUCUUGCAGAAACCACACUCAGUAAAAAGUGACUAAUUAAGUCGCAUGCAUUUUUCCUACUGAUUUUCGAUGGUCUUAUAAAUUCAAAUACAUUUUACAGAAAACAUGUACAAACGUAUGCUUUCUUUUGCUCAUUUGGUAGAAAAUCACAUUACCUUCAUAUUUUAUGCCGGAAGAAAGCGCAUAUCCAAGUUUUAAAAAAGUUUCCCAAUUUUCGAACAAUUUUUAGCCUGAUCUGACAUUGUAUCAGCGUUUAGCAAUUUCAAUCUACAAGGUGCAUGCUUUCCGCGUAAGGAAAAUCAUAUAUUCCCCUAUGCCUUUAAGAAGAUACCCCAUAGAGUUUAUGAAAUUUUACAAUGGAUCCGGACUGUGCUGUACAUUUCAUGAGGAGCAUUAGUGAACGGACAUGUUCGGUCUUGCAUGCGUGAACAUCGCACGGUCUUCAAAAUUUCAUGAUUUGAAACUUUUUUAAAACCUAGGUAUACACUUUCUUCGGGCAUAAAAUAUGAAGGUAAUGGGAUUUCCUACCAAACGAGCAAAAGAGCACAUUUUUGUGCAUGUUUUCUGUAAAAUAUAUUUGAAUUUUUAAGACCAUCGAAAAUCAAUAGGCAAAGUGCAUGCGACUUAAGUAGUCAUUGUCACCGAGUGUGGUUUCUGCAGGAGGUCAAAAAGAAGUGCAAUCAAAAGCCGACAUCCUCGCGUGUUCGGAAUGUUAUAGGGUUAUGCUGCAUGAUAAUCAGUAUAACAAUCCCACUUAAGUAAUCCUCUCCAAUCGGAAACGCAUUCCAGAAUUGUGGCUAACAUUUCAUGAGAUUGGUCACGCACUGUAAGUCUCACCAACCUACAGACUAUUGUCGGUGAGGGUAACUCGCGCCGUAUUUGUUCUCCGCGCCUGUCAAGCUCUCACUUUCGACGCGGACCCCAGUAAUGUGGGUGAAGGAGAGGGAGCCAGAAGCAACGCUCUUUUCUGCAAUAACCAAAACUUUCGACAGAUAUUCUCUCAAUAUCAUCUCUCAACGGGAGGUGAAAGAUUCAUAAAGCUGAGUAUUUGAAUUGAGCAAUUACUACCAGUCUUCAUUCCUUUCAGGAUGUAGCGUCCUCAGAUGCUACUAACGGACUAAUUAAAAAAUCUGUUUUGUGAAUACCCAGACAGAUUCGCUCUUAAAAAGACAAAAACUGCUGUAGGUGAGGCGCGACGGGAAGGGGCAGUCAAAUUUUAAUUAUCCGUCAUGAGCAGCUGGCGUUGUGCUUCAAAACAGCUGAAAACUGCAUUAUAUUUUGUAAGCUCUAACGAGUCUUUGGGGGUGCGGUAAAUUUUAUGCCGGCCCAAAGUAUCAUACAGUAAAAGUACGAUUAGCCAACACUUCGGCCUGGUUCGAGGAGAGCACAACAAGGCAGGGGUAUCGACUUUCAACGCCGUUUUCUGUGCAUUCAAAUGUAGGUUCGCUUUUACCUUUUUGUCGACUCAGUAUGCGAUCUCACUCAGGGAACAAAAACCCGGUCACUGUGUAAUACGAGUUUUACCGGUUUGGGCUAGACGACGGAAAGGACAGCGCGAUAGUAGGUAAAUGUUUGGACAAAUGUUAGGGUAGCAUGCUGUGUCCUUGCGCUGAAUUUCUCUGCAGCUGCAGUAGGUGGGCUAACUCGUGAAAUGUCAACCGAAAUUUCGAAAUGUGUUCGCGUUUCGAAAAGAUUAAUUAAGUAGGGUUGUAAAACUAAUCAUCUUGCAGCAUAAAUCUAUGAUGAUCCAGUUACCUCAGGGUGCCGUCUUUCGAAUGAACUUGUUUCCGAUUGUAUGCAAGAACUAUACGCUGCAGAAAAUGACUACUUAAGUAGCGCGCAAUUUCCUCAUUGAUUUUCGAGGCCCUCAGAAAUCCAGUCGAAUUUCAUGGAAAACAUGCAUAAGAAUAUUCAUUCUUUUGCUUAUUCGGUAGACAAUUACGUCUUAUUCCAUUUUUAUACUCGAAGGAAGGGCAUAAUUCGGUUUUCAAAAAUUUUUACAAUUCCCGAAUAAUUUUAAACCCCGACCUGCUGUUACACUUGGAUUCAGGGUUUCCAAACUACAAGCCGUUUAUUUUCCGAAUACGGAAGGGAUGCAUUUUUCUACGGUAUUAAGAGGACGUGGUCAGUAAGACCGCGGGUAGCUGGCGCUGUCGGAGUUGCCCCUAGACGUGUAGCCACACCCGGCUACGAUUCCACGGGCUUAGAGUGUCAUAAAGACCACAUUAAGAAGGAGCCAUUGAAGCCUGACUCAGAAGUAAAAGCUCUUCUACCUUGGUCUUCUUUCUGAGCCGAUCGAUUGCUUUCUAACCCGUUCGACAACGGAUACUUUGUUGUUGUUUGUACCUUCUGCUCGAACAGAAGUAGAAUUUUUGUCAAUAACAUCGAUCUUCGAGUCGACUUUUUUCGACUACAUGCAUUUACUCUUUACUUCCUUCUCCACAGAACACUCUCGUCCCCGGAGACUGUUAAGGUGCUUUGCUUUCGCGACCGCUACUCGCUUGGUGAACGCAUAUUCACGCAUAGUUUCGUGCUCCGCAUUCAGUUACUACAGAAGCCUUCCUCAUCAGGUGAGCCUGGUCUUGCAUUGUACAGUGUAGUUGUCGACUUCGCAUUACUAGAAUUCAGGCCAUUACUCUGCUAUUCUCCGCCUUUCUUUCCUCUGCCUGCCCUUAGAAACCAAAUUUGUCGGUUGGGAAAAGUGGCAAGGAAAGUUGCAGCCGCGAAGGGUCAACUUGAGUUCCACUAUGGAUCCCGUUAAGUACGUUCUUAGCUUCUUCUUUUUUUCCCUUACGGCAGUUACUCUGUGUAGACUAAUUGCUCGUUCUUCUAAUAUGGGCAUUCACAUAACUUCCUGUCAUGUAACAUUAAUUCGCCCUCGUGGACUGAAGGCGGUUCUUUCGAACUCCUGGCCCUGUUUGCGUAUCCACCUGCGUGGUGUACUGUGCGGCCUAUCUUGAACCGUGAGUCAUGGGCGCUCGCGAUACCAAGCAAUCCCGCACUCACCCAUUGGUUUGGAGCGUUGUUUGCUGGUAGCGAAGUCGGGGUUUAGAAUUCCGCAUAGUACAGGCAAAUCCAGGGGAUUUGAAAUGGACCCAGACGUACCGAUAUUUGAUCAUAGGUAGGGAAAAUGUGUACGUCUGCGCUCACGGAUAAUAUGCAGCUUGUAGUUUGAGAACCCCGAAAACAAAUGGAAGAGCGAGUCGGAUUCAAAAUUAUUCGGGAAUUUGAAAGAUUUUUUAAAACCGCAUCACACCCUUCCUUCAAGUAUAAAAGACGGAAUUUUCUCCCAAAUGAGUAAAUGACUAUUUUUAUGCAUGUUUUCCAUGAAAUAUAUCAAAAUUUAUAAGGGCAUCGGAAAUCAAUGAGGAAAGUUCAUACUACAUAAGUAGGCACUUUUACGGGGUGUAGUUUUUUUAGGCGGCCGGAAUGGAGUUCGUUCAGAAGCCUGCAUCCCGAAGUAACAGAAAUAUUCUGGGAUUAUGCUACACGGUAAUUAAUCGUACAACACUACCUAAGUAAUCUUUUCGAGUCAAAACGCAUUUCAGAGUUUCAGUCAACAUUUCCUGAGUUAGCACAUCUAUUGUAUAUGCGUAAUUAGUGACGAAUGGCUAGUGCGGACUGGACACCAUAUCAUUCCCACGGGGAAGUCUGACGAAAUGGAUCUGUCUUAAUAUGAUAAUCUGGCCUUUUGGUUGCCGUUUGUUAGUAAGGUCCCAUUUUACCGUUUUGCUGAAUUCUUAGCACCUUAUCCGUUUUUUGUGACUUUCUUGGUUAAAAUUACUUUUAGCUAACCUAGACGCCCUCAAAAUUCGUCUGCUACUCAGAAACAUGAAGCGAGCGGUUAGACCGCGGUCUACAGUCCUACCCACAGUCACACCACAUCACCGCACACUUAGGCGGCAUUUUCCAUGGUUUUAUUGGUAUUUUACAGAUUUUAGUCACUUGCGUCGACAACAAUGUCCUAACAGACGCGGACUAGGUUCCUCGUGGGCGGCUUUAAGCAAACAUUCCCUUUGGCGCUCUCUGCGCCUGACCUCCUCCGUCUCUCCAAUUUUGAAAUUGUGCCAGUUCAUUCUGAUUAAGCCAUUUUGUGAAAGAGAAUAAAAAGUUCUGUUUGCAGGUGGGUCUUCUCUGAAUUCCCGUCCAUCUUGUGUUUUUUAUUUAUUUCAGACUUGCCGAGUCUGCCGUGGAUUUGAAUCUGAAGCUCAUGGUUUGGCGAAUGCUGCCUGAUCUGGAUCUCACCACUUUGGGCACAACUCGAUGCCUCAUUCUGGGCGCGGGAACCCUGGGCUGCAAUGUCGCGCGGCAGCUUUUGGUGAGAUUGCGGCAACAACCUGUUCCAAUGUACCACUUCAUUUUGCAGCAAAAAAUUAGUCUUCCUCCCACGUUGUACCGUUCCUAAUAUUGUGUUUUGGUAAGCUCAGGGGUCAGCUGGCAGGUUUGGUCUACGAGCCAUGAAUGCGACCACCCAGACUGUUCGUUCCGCCAUGGUUCGAGUCCCUCAUUUUAUAACUUAUUUUGUAUCCCACCUUAAAUCCACUGCGUCCACGCUUUUUUAUCUGGCAGGCUUGGGGCUUUCGCAAAAUGACGCUGGUCGACAACGCCUCCGUCUCGUACUCUAAUCCUGUCCGUCAGACCCUCUAUACAUUCGAAGACGCCAAAGCCGGCCUUAAAAAGGCUGCAGCUGCCGUGGCCGGCCUAAAGCGAAUACACCCCUCUGUGGUGAGUCUCCUAAACGGUAGUUUACACUUUAAUCAUAAAAUCUACUGCUGUUAUAUGAAACCCUUAGUGUGGAUCUCGUCUGCGUGUAAAGUGCUCCUCCAUUUCGUACUCCACCUCCAGGAUGCGUGUGCCGUCGACCUCACCAUUCCCAUGCCGGGUCACGCCAUCUCCUCCACUUCGAUCAGCACCGAUCCAACCAUGCAACCGCAGGUUGUCGCUGCCCGUAAGGCCUGCGAACAGUUGGACGAACUAAUUCGCACCCACGAUGUCGUGUUUCUCCUGCUUGACACUCGUGAAGCUCGAUGGCUCCCCACAAUGCUUGCUACCUACCACUCCAAGGUCAGUGCCCUAAUGACGGCCUAGAAUGCCCUUUCCUGAUUACUGUGGUAUUUGUCCGCCGUCUGCUGCCUACCUGUCUGUCAGCAUGCGUAAGCCGGCUGUCUAUGAGACCAAAUUCAGCAUUACACUAGCAUUAACUGUGCUUCUGCUGUUCCUGUUCAUUCGACUUGCCUGACGAGUCUCCCGCGGUUUAGACUCUUUGAUUUGUAAGAUUUUUUCUAUCCUUUUUACAAGUACUCAGAUCACAUUCAGCCUUAAUUUGUUUUAUGGAGGGGAGGCCAGUGCAGGCGGUAUUUUUACGGUUAUUAUGUUUCCUCGGCGCGCCUUGACCUCACUCUGUUACCAAACUUUUGCUCAUUCGUUCUGGUGUUCAAACUCCUAGCUCCGCGAUCUGAGUAUGCUUAGCAUGUGAGACUAUGCAUGAGGCGAGGCGAACCCUCAAUGGUCGCCUCUCCUAAAACUGAGCUUCAAUCCUGCAGUUGGGAGUCCUGUUCUAUUUCCAAACUGCCUUUUCAUUCUUGCUCCCGUCUAGAUUGCGAUUACCGCUGCGCUCGGAUUCGACAGCUAUCUGGUCAUGCGCCACGGUCUACCGCGAAGCCCUGGAACUUCUCCCUCUCAGUCCUGCAACCAAGAGAUGGCGUUGAAAGCAUCCGGUGAUGGCCGUUUACGGCAACUUUCAGGCUCGCAGUUGGGUUGUUACUUCUGCAAUGAUGUAGUUGGUCCCUCAAAUGUAAGCUUGGCAUUCCCACACCUCAUUAUCUGCCUCCUGUAGUCCCUCCGAGAUCGUACCCUCGAUCAGCAGUGCACUGUCGCCCGGCCGGGAACCUCUAUGAUGGCCUCUGCGUUGGCCGUGGAGCUUUGUGUUGGUCUGCUCCAUCACAGAGAAGGGUAAUUAGGCGGUUGGUUGUGUUUUUAUAAGUAUUGCUGUUGUUUGUCCCCUUGGCUUUAUAUCAGUGUUUGGGCCUCAAAGUUUGUAAGCGCCUGCUACGCCAGGAUUAGCAAACCAUAGCCCUCGCAGCCGGUAGAUGCGCUUGCGCCCCAUGUGGGCAUAAAGUUCGUGAGCAUGGCUGCCCAGUCAUCCUCAUCGUCUUUCUAGCCCGUUGUGUUGCCGAUGUUGGUCAAAAUCCUGGUCAAUUGCUUGUUGUGAACUCGGGAGUGUAGAGUGGUACGCCCAGGUGCGGGUCCGGCCAUGCCAGCCACUUGGUUCCUCUCUCGCCUCCGGUCUUCAUGACUUUGUCUUAACACCGGGCUCAAGCAGGAGAGGAAGAGGGGGCGGGGUAGACGCUGCGCAAGUCUACUUUCACUGUAAACUAAUUUACGCGUAGGUCACUAUGCCUGCUUCACCUUGCUGUGUCCCUAGCUGUACCUCUCCACGCCUGACGAUCCGCGGCAGCAGAUCUGGAUCACUCAACCCAUUCCCUUCGCCAACGACGGAGACCAAAUACCGAAGGUCCAAGAACCACCUCCAUGACUUGACGAACUGUGUCGGGCCAGGUUUUGAGUUGACCCCCUCUUCGACGCCUCCAAUGGGGUAAAGGUGCCAGAUCGAGGGCAGCAACACUAAGCUCCUGAGGUGGUAGACGAAGAACAUGUCCAAACCACCUCAGUCAUCUUUCUUGGAUGGUCUGGGUUAUCCUUGCGAUGUUGUCGCAGCGAGCGCGGACUGUCUCAUUUGAGACGGAGUCGGUGUACUUUACUCGUAGGAUGGUCCUUAAGUAGGUUGGAGCAGGGUCUCGGAGUAGGGCCACUACAGCUAUUCCCGUCGCUCUAGCAGCGGACCUCCUUGUCUGUCCUAAAAGUAUAACUUGACUGUUAUGACCUCAUAAAGAUUUUCACGAGCACGCUUCUUCACACUAAAAACUCCAACUCUUCUAUUUUAGAGCCUAUGCACCGGCCUUAAUGAAGGGAUGUGAUGAUGGUCUUGCCUUGAAUUCCAACACAUUCGGACUCUUGCCGCAUCAGGUUAUGACGUAUACCUUUUCUCGUUCCAACCUCCUUUCUCACCCCUGUAUUAUUGCAUAAAAUGUUGACAUAUUGUCUGCUGCGAUCGAAAUAUUUAGUCUUGUGAGACUGACGUUCACUGAUCCAUCUGGCUUCAUGGCUGGUCGGAAUACGGAAUUUCUACCCUCCUUUUGAAUCCUCACAAGCGUUCGCGUGGGGACAAGCAAUCCGAAGUCGUGAACUGUUGUUGGCAAAAAGUCGCGGUUGCAUUAACACGUGAAACUGCGCCUUGUUAUUCCAACGUUGAAAGGCUUUUGGAAGCGACCUGUUUGUCACAGUUCAACCAAAUAGGCUUUAGUUAGAUGUCGCGUCUGUCAUCGUUGGCCCUGUUUUUGCUAUUUUGAUCCAAUCGAAAUUUGGAUCGGGAUUGUUGUGCCUUGAUACUGAUUUAUGAUGUGUGGACAAAACGUCCUGACAUAGCGAAACAUGCGCCAUAAGCAUGCACGGGGAUGCGCUAAUACAUGAAGUCCUACCUUCCUAUUCUCAUCCCACUUCGCCCGUCCUUGCCGGGGAUAAUCGUCUUCAUCAUACGGACUGAUUGGCGAGGUGUUUUGGUGGACGACUUAAAGAGUGUACAGAGAAUGUGCCAAGUCUUCCUCUAACUGAAUGCAUUUUUACAGUAGGGCAGUUUGAAGCGUUGUUGUCCUGGUUGAUUAAAUUGUCGAGCAUUAAAACCACCAUUCGGGGCGGUUGGAGUGUGUGCAGACGUGCAAGUUUAAAAAAUGCAAACAGUGAAGUUGUGCAAGGUGUCGAGGCUAUUCAAGUGACAUUUACCAUCACCAUGCCUGAAUAUAGACUGUAUGGUUGCUUCAGUUUACCCCACGCUACGACCACAGAGACUAUGGGGGUGGGUGAGCUGAGUUCGCUGGACUCAGUUCACUCAGGUUCUGAAGUUGACGUUUUCCGGUCACUAGUGCCUGGGCUAGUCCAGAGUGUUCGACCGGUCAGGUUGAACACGGAGAUGUCACGCCAAAAUGAACUGCAUCCGAGACCUUCGUCUCUACAGUGUGGGCAGAUGCAGAGGGAUUGGUCAACGUUGGCAAUGUUCCUGUGUGUUUCAUUGCUUUUCCCUCCUAUGUCUCCGGCGGAUGCGACCUUGUCCAGUUAAACAAAUCGGGCCUUAAAGGACCGUUGACAGUGGGCCAUGCCAGUAGGGCUUGGCGACGUUGAUCGUCGGUAUUCGAGGGUUACCAGCCUCUGCCACCUCGCCUUGACCUCCGCGAUCCGGUUGACUUCACAUGCUGCCUCAAGCACGCUCCAUCAGGCCAAUCAGCUGAGGCCAAACUUUAGUCCGGGUGAUGGAGAGAGCGCACGAAGUGUACAGCUAUGAGAACUCGCUCAUUUAAUGUGCACACUUCUCUUUUUUUCAGAUACGGGGAUUCUUGUCUCAGUUCUCCGAAGUUCUCCCCUGCACUAGGGCCUUCGCAUCUUGCUCGGCAUGUUCGCAGCCGGUAUGUCAUUUUUAAAUACUACAGCACUUCGCUGAAAACCUAUUAAGUCUGUACUAGCCACUUUGUAGUGCAAAAGGUCGCGCAGGCUGUUAUUCCUCUAUCAGGCAGGGGGUAAAACAAUUCGCCGUGUAGUGGGUCUUUAUGGCUUGCUAUAUGGAAGAAGUUUCCGAGCGCUGUGGGGAUGACCCUGAUGAGCUGGAGUUUAGAGUCCAACGACGUUACGUUAGACGAAUGUUUUAUGACACGGCCGUCAUAUCACCCAAACAUUGCGCUAACACAUCUUGGCAAGAGGGAAUUACCGCAGAUGUGCUGUCACAUGAAACAUUGACCGAAACCCUGAAAUGCGUCUUCAAUUCGAAAAGAUCACCUAAGUAGGGUUGCUGUGUUAAUUAUCCGUGUCUAAUAAUACCAAGCUAUUCCAGUCACGGCAGGAUGCCGGCUUUCAAAUGAGCUCCUCCUUAUGGACUGCCCGCGUAAACCACGUUCCAUAAUAAUGACUACUUUGGUAGUAUGGGUUUCCUAGAGGGCAUGCACAAAAUCUUUUUCUUGACUUUGUCAGCCACCGCAUCCCUGGCCAUCUUUAUCUUACCAAUGGAAAUGAGGUAGAUGUUUCAAAAUAAGUCAAGUUGCACACAGGUCGCUACCGCGCCAUCGAAAUUAUCGCAUCAUCAUCGUCGCCUAAAUCAGCAUUGACAAACAGGACUAAGGUUUUAGGAAAUAUAAGUAGGAGCAGCCUGUAAGCUCUAUGAACGUUGCGCGCAUCCGAUAGCAAGGAGGCGCUUUUGUCGUUGGGGUUGUUGAAGGUGGUAUGACCGACAACACGAAGAUUUCCAAAUCAGAGGUCAGGAAGGACGGACUGGGUUGGACAACCUUUACUGAUGAGAAGGUGCGUACCAAAGAACCUGCAAGCCUUUGUCGCCAGCUGUCUCUCCAGGCUCGUUCUUUGUCAGUGUCCGCCGUUGAGGUUAUUGACCCCCCAGUGCGUGUGUGCACCUUUACUCUCUCCCAGUUAGCGUGCCCCAGCCAAUCAGAGAAGGGGCAGCGUUGAUUGGCUUUAAUCUCUCGCGAGGCUAGUGACAAGCCUCGCGCGGCCCCAGCCGCUAAUCGACAGGGAGCGUGAUGCGGACAGGAGUGCAGGUAGACAAGGCGGCGGAGGUCAAGGGAGCGGACGGCCACGGGGCCGUAGAAUCGCGUUACCUACCAAGGUAACCACACUUCCUGCCUUUUUCAUCUAAGCGGCCGCAAUGUGCAGCAAGCCUUUUUGGCUUCUUCAUCGACUUGUUCGCAUUCCUCAACAACUUUUUUUCAUUUUUUUGAUGGAUCUGUUAUUGACGGAUUCUGUAAUUUGUUUUAUCCUUAAGUUUGUGCAUUUUGACGUUUCACACUGGACUUGCUUCCCGCCCUUCUCGUUGUGCCUUGCACUUCAGAUCCUAGAUGCCUAUUCCAAAAACGGAUUCGACUUUUUGCUUCGCGUCUUUGAUGAUGCCAGCCACUUGGAGGUGGUGUCCGGUCUACAUCAACUUCAUCUGGAGACCACGUUCAAUGAUGUGCGUUACUUUUUGAUGAUAAUUCUCGAAAGUUUUAUCAAUUUUGUUCCUUUCGAAACGUUAGCUUACUUAAAAUGUUUAGUUUUCAAGUUUAUCCUUAACUCAGUUUGUCCAACAUUUAACACCCUGCGAACCAUCCGAAGCUGAACAGGUCUGGCAGAAGCCAACAGGCGAGUCCCAGGUAGCAGUUCAGAAGAUGAAGAUGCGAUCACUGGAACAAGAAGUUUAUUUGCCUAACGUUUCGGAUUCUCACUCGAAUCCAUCAUCAGAGACAUUCGCAGACAGAGGUGAAGGUGGCACCAGGAGUGCAGUAUUUAUAGCAACUGGCUGCCGUGGGACCGUAUGCGCACUGCAAUUAACCGUUCUCGCAAUCGCCACUGGGGUCGUAAUUGAUGCGGCGGUGGCUUGGCGGUCCGAGUCCGAGUCGUUAAUUGCCGCGAUUUCGUCAUCCGUGCUGGAUGCUGGUGUGACGAUUGCUCGCAAACUGGCUCAUUGUCACUGUGAUAAUUGAUUUCUUCCACGGUUAAUGAGAGCGAAUAGCUACCCGCGCAACUUUGUCAACCAGUGCAUACGAAAAGGACACCAGAGACCAAAUCCAACCAGCCCCAAAUUUUUGCGGGCUCUUCCGUACGUGAAGAACGCCUCAGAAGCCUAUCAGUCGUCUUCUCCCUCCACUUGGAAUUGGGGUUGAACACAGGCCGGAAGCAACCAUUAGGCGCCAAGUAAUGAGGCCAAAAGACCCGCUGCCACGGCAGGAAACGUCUGGAGUCGUUUACCGGAUCUGGCGUAGUUGCGGACAAAGCAAUUACAGUAGAUGUGCUAACUCAUGAAAUGUCAACUAGAAUUUCGAAAUGCGUUCUCGUUUCGAAAAGAUAAAUUAAGUAGUGUUGUAAAACUAAUCAUGAUGCAGCAUAAAUCUAUAAUGAUCCAGUUACCUCAGGGUGUCGGCUUUCGAAAGAACUUAUUCUCGGCUGCAUGCAAUAUCUAUACUCUGCAAAAAAUGACUACUUAAGUAGCAUGCAAUUUUCUCAUUGAUUUUCGAUGCCCAUGAAAAUUCAAUUAUAUUUCAUGGAAAACAUGCAUAAAAAUAUUCAUUCUUUUACUUAUUCGGUAGAAAAUCACGUCUUCUUCCUAUUUUAAACUCAAAAGAAGAGUAUAAUUGGGUUUUAAAAAAGUUUCUAAUUGUGAGAUUUUUUAAUACCCUUAAAUGGCCUUUCAUGAAACGUCAUGUAUCUGCAUUUACGAAUGAGGCUUGUAAAGUUAACAAUAUUUCUCAAAUCCACUGUUUAAUUUUAUGAACCUCAUAUGGUCUCCUCUUAACACCGUAGACAAAUGCAUGGUUUUCCAUACACGGAAAAUAUACAGCUUGUAGUUUUGAAACCCAGAAUGCAAGUGUAAGAGCAGGUCGGGUCAAAAUUAUUCGGGAAUUAGAAAAGUUUUUUAAAACCGAAUUAUACUCUUCUUUUGAGUAUGGACUUGGAAGAAGACGUGAUUUCCUACCGAAUAAGUAAACGAAUGAAUAUUUUUAUGCAUGUUUUCCAUGAAAUAUAAUUGAAUUUUCAAUGGCAUCGAAAAUCAAUGAGAAAGUUGCAUGCUACUUAAGUAGUCAUUUUUUGGCAGAGUAUAGAUAUUGCAUGCAGCCGAAAAUAAGUUCUUUCGAAAGCCGACACUCUGAGGUAACUGGAUCAUUAUAGAUUUAUGCUGCAUCAUGAGUAGUUUUACAACACUACUUAAUUUAUCUUUUCGAAACGAGAACACAUUUCGAAAUUUUAGUUGACAUUUAAUGAAUUAGCACAUCUACUGUAUGUCGGAGAAACUGGCAAAUUACUCCGUACGCGACUUGCCGAGCACGCAGCAGCAGUGAGGCGAGGAGACGCUAACUCUCAGGUGGCGGCACACUCGACGGGACCCGGCCAUAUUUUCAAAUUUCAAGAGGCCGAAAUCCUCGCAAGGGUGACAACCGCGUGAGCCGCGAGCUGCUCGAGUCAUGGUUCUCAGGUCCUCAAUCCAUCAACAAACACAAUGACCUCCCGGUACCCUAUUCCGUAUUGCGAUUUUUCCUGGGCAGGAGAAUCAGUCACGUGGGGAGGGCGCGGGUGAGCAAUUAUCGCAGUGACAGUGAGCCAGUUUGCCGAGCAGUUGUCGCACCAGCAUCCAGCACUGAGGACGAAAUCGCGGCCAUUAACGACUCGGACUCGGACCGCCAAGCCACCGCCGCAUCAAUUACGACCCCAGUGGCGAUUGCGAGAACUGUUAAUUGCAGUGCGCAUACGGUCCCACGGCAGCCACGUGCUAUAAAUACUGCACUCCUGGUGCCACCUUCACCUCUAUCUGCGAAUGUCUCUGAUGAUGGAUUCGAGUGAGAAUCCGAAACGUCAGGCAAGUAAACUUCUUGUUCCAGUGAUCGCAUAUUCAUCUUCUGAACAGGUCUGUUGAGCGCACUCGUUCGAUCCUAUGUGAGCUGCAUUCCUAGUUGGUAUAUCAUCCAAUCUCACCAUUGGUAUAGCAUUUUUGCAGUUUUACUGCCCCACCCAACUUAUCUUCGAAAUUUUUCACUACUUAAGAAACUGGUGGAGGUCUAGGGUGAUGACUAGUAGUAAUUGGGGUCGAUUUUUCGGACAUUUUGCGUCACAGGACCACUAUUCACCGUUAACCCUUACUUGCCCACUUGUUAGAAAUAUCCGAUUACCGUUGUACCCAGCUGGCCCUGGACCGGCAUAGUUGAAGCCGAAUAAGGAUCACUUGCACAAGGAUUUUAAAACUGCCGAACGCAUAGAUGGAAGAAAACGCAAAUUACAGGCCCCUUAUCGUUCAGGAAUUGUUUUCCGACCUUCCCAACGCGUCACGCCCAGCCAGUUGCCAAAAAGUUCGGUGGGACAUGGUCAUAUUGUAAGUGGCUUUACGCUAAACUCCAGAGCCGGGGUUAGGUUUCGCGUCCAAGUUUGCACACGGAAAUACGUAUCCCUGGAAUCCAGCAAAAGGCCACCUGUAGUACAGGGCGUACCUAUUUCCGUGUCCAAUCCAUGUCUGGUCGUUCUUCGCUUUGUUUUCUCGCCAUCCCUCUCCCACCAUUUUAUAAACUGUUGCAAAUUCGGGUCCCGGGAUUUGUCAGCCUACUCAUGGCCAUACAUCUAGUCCAGCGCCUCCGCAAAGAUCCAUUCCUAAUGGAGGUUGACCUGUUCGUUACAGAGCUUUCUUUGGAUCUGUCAGAUUGUGAAUAAUACAAACGUAAUUCUCAUAGCAUUUGUGACCAUUCUUACAAGGACGGCUUAUUACUUGGUGGGUGCACAGAAUAUGAUUUAACAAUUAGGAACUACCUCCUAGGCCACGGCUUUAAAUUACCUCAUAAGGCGGGUAGUACGAGUUUGGUGCUGGUAGACCCUUCGGAUUAAGUACUUGACGCACCCUGAGAUAUUACCAGUGAGUACAAACUAUGCCUACGUUAUGAUUGGCUGAGUGAAUUUUACUGAACCAACCGGCGAUCGUUACAGGCGCUCACCACACUUAUUCACUGUCAAUACCUUAUCAGGUAUAAUUGUCUGCCUCUCAAACAAUACAUUCGAUGGUAGACCAUCGCUCAAGCAGGGUACACACUUUUCGACAAUUACUGGAACCAGAAUGUCCCCUUCUCUCCAAAACUGGAUUUAAGGAAAACGCAUAGUUCCGUGAAGCGUCCUCAUGGACAUUCAAGGCACAUCAAAGGCCAUUCGAUUCGUAAUUAUGUCUACUUAAAAGUCCAGUCAAAACGCUAUGUACGGUGUAUUCGUAAAAUGGCGCACCGGGCCGUCCGGCUGAAACUCCUCCACCAAAAUUUUUCUCCGUUAAAUUUUCACUUUUGGUUUAUGUUAAUGACGCCGAUUCCCAGCAAUACAGGUUCUUCUUAAUCCUCAUGUGUAUGUCUCAGUUUUCUAUGACUUUUGUCAUCACAUUUUAGGUUCUUGUUCUCAGCGACAAUGACGACGACGAUUGA